UAGCGCGCCAGCGACUUACAGCCCCAGUGAGGUCGGUGAAACCGGUAAACCGAGGAAACCACCGACGAGCCAAGGUUUGUAGUCAGGAAGUUGGGAGGGGGAGGGGGAAAACCCCACGGGAACAAAGGAAGGAUUGCAAAUCGGAGGCUCGAAGAUUGUCUAGGAAUCGGGUGAAUCGCUGCCUCAGGGGGAAGCGACCGCGCUUUCCCCCGCCCCGCGCUCGCCCAAAGGGAAAAAACUUGCAGAUCCGCAAGGUGGGUGUAGAAGUUCCAGCUGCGUCCGCGCCGCCCCAGGGCGCGUCCGCUGUCGCAGGGAAUCGGGGGAUAGGGAACGAGAGCGGAAGAGGCCGGAGCCCAGGGUUCAGCGGUUAGCCAAGGGGCCCGCCAUCCGGGCAGGGCUCGGGCAGGCUGCGGGCCGGACCUAUAGCCCCAACAUGGCGGCCCCGGAAAUCGGCGCGGAGGCUCCUGGGAGUUGUAGUGUGACGGUGCCCAGCGCGUGACGCACUUCUGGACCCGGACGGAAGUUGCGGCCUGCGCUUUUCCGGGCUAGGGGAUCGGGGCGUGGCUGUGGGGGCUUGGCCGUUGUCGCCCCGUUUUCCCAGCGUGGGGGGAUGGGGACUAGGGUUCGCUUCAGUUUCCCGAACGCGAGCGGAAGCGUGUGCUUGUGGCUGUGGCCUCCGCCGGAGCAGCCUCCCCGGCAUCGCCGCGUUCUGGGGGCGGAGCCGCUGAGCACCGCUUCAAAAGGCGCGCGGCAGCCGAUUUGAGUCCGAGGAAGGAUGGUCACCGAGGAAGGAAAACAUUGGCACGAUGCACGCAGGCCGCCGAUGCUCUUCGUGUCUUUCCGAGUUGGUUUUGUUUUUAUAUAACACAGCUGCAGUGACUCCACACCGAGUAUCCUGCAACCCAGUUGGACCCUCAUUUGGAUCCUCUUCCUGCUGGUAAUCCCCUGAUGAAGAUCGAAGUCGUUGAAGUCCUCACACUGAACCAAGAGGUAGCCCGUCCCCGAAACGCCCAGAUACGGGCCCUCUAUGCUGAAGAUGAGGGCCUGAACCUAGAUGUGCCUGGGGAGCCCACUCAGCAGCUAGGCAAGCAUCCAGGUGACCCCGAGGCUGCACGCCAGAGGUUCCGGGGCUUUUCCUUCGAGGAGGUGGCAGGGCCCAGAGAGGCCCUAGCCCGGCUGCGGGAGCUGUGCCGCCAGUGGUUGCAGCCAGAGGCGCACUCCAAGGAGCAGAUGCUGGAGCUCCUGGUGCUAGAGCAGUUCCUAGGCGCACUGCCCAGAAAGCUCCGGAUGUGGGUGGAGUCGCAGCACCCAGUGGACUGCCAAGAGGCAGUGGCCCUGGUGGAGGAUGUAACCUGGAUAUCUGAGGAGGAAGCAUCACCCUCCCAGGGCCCCACCAGCUCUCUCCAGACCACAACUCCUCAGGAAGAGAAGGAAGAGAACAUGACCACCUGGCCAGUGAAGGCACUGCCUGAGACACAGAAUGUGGCAUUGCAGGAACCAGUGACCUUCCUGGAUGUGGCUGUGGACUUCAGCAAGGAAGAAUGGGGGCUACUGGACCCCAUGCAGAGAACUGAGUACCAUGACGUGAUGCUGGAAACCUUUGGACACCUGGUCUCCGUGGGGUGGGAGACUACACUGGAAAGUAAAGAGUUAACUCCAAAGUCUGACGUUCCUGAGAAGGAACCAGCCCAUGACCUGAAAUUGGAAGAAUUCUCAAGGGAUGACACCAGGUCCCCUACCUCAAGAGAUGUCUUACAGGGUGAGGCCCCGGAAGUCUUGGACACAGCACAGAGGCAGGUGGGGCCAACUCAGGAAGAAACCCUCCCUCAGAAAAGUCCCCAAUCCCAGGCAAACACUAGCCUUGUCACAAGCCAUAUUUCACUCCAAAAAACUCUCCCUAGAAAACACUUGCGCAAGCGUGGCUCACGGGUUAAGAAGGUGACACGUGGUCCAUGUGUAAAAAUUCAUCAGAAGGGCCACAAAGGAGAAAAAGCCAGGGAAAAUACUAGUUGUGGGAGAGCCUUCAACCGGAGCACUCAGCAGAUUACAUUCACAAGAAUCCACAAAGGGAGCCAAGUUUGCCGAUGCAGUGAAUGUGGCAAAACUUUCCGGAACCCAAGAUACUUCUCUGUACAUAAAAAAAUUCACACAGGAGAGAAGCCUUAUGUGUGUCAGGACUGUGGGAAAGCAUUUGUUCAGAGCUCCUCCCUCACACAGCAUCAGAGAGUUCACACUGGAGAGAGACCAUUUGAGUGUCAUGAGUGCGGGCGGACUUUCAAUGACCGCUCGGCCAUCUCCCAGCACCUGCGGACUCACACUGGAGCCAAGCCCUACCAGUGUCAGGACUGCGGGAAAGCCUUCCGCCAGAGCUCCCAUCUUAUUAGGCACCAGAGAACGCACACUGGGGAGCGCCCCUACAUGUGCAACAAAUGUGGAAAGGCCUUCACGCAGAGCUCCCACCUCAUUGGGCAUCAGAAGACACACGGUGGGGUGAAAUACAAGAAGAAACAACCUACCUCAUAGCCCUCCAGCUGAGCCGGUUGAAGAACAUUGCCUUUUCAGCCUUAUCCUGCAAACUGCAAAGUAACCUGAAUGGGCCUGGUUGGCAUUCAGAACUGAAUGUGAAAAGCAGCAUUGAGUGAUGAUGUUCUGAAGACCAAAGGACAACCAGGGAUAACACCCUGCACAUGAGGAAAUAAAACUGCUGGGGGGUUGUUGCUAAUGAACAUAGGUUGGAAAAAUAUUUAAUUUUUCACUCACUUGAUUUGCUGUUAUAAUUUGUUUGCUCAUUUGGUCAUUAAAAAUGAUACUAGUGAAACCUGAAAAAUGCUUUUAAUAUAAAUUUAAAAAGCCAGGUACCAAAAAGUCUGUGCACUGAUAUAUUUGUGGUAAAGUAUUUAUGCAUAUGGUCUAGGACUAAAAAAGAACAAGGAUAAAUAAACUGUAUUUCUGUGAUAGAA